CAAUCUCCAUGCAAUUACAACAUCAUCUGAUGAAGAGGAUUCCGGCACGCCUAGGAGUCGUGCGACCUCGACAGUAAGGCAAGCAAAAGCAUUGGGAGAUAUUGACACGCAUCGGUCGACUCCAGAUCGAGGCCAAAAUAGUAACCAGACUCUAAGAGGUGCUACCAGUGGUGUUGGUGCAGAGCAACACAAGCUGUACUUUGCAGACAGUGUCCCGUAUGUAAGCCUCGCUUCAAAUCUGGUCGAGGAAAUGGACAACCUCUACAUGUUCCUGCGAGAUGUGACCCUUGGGUCGACAGAUCUGAGCAAUCUCCCCACAAUCACACCUGAACCCCAAAUAGGACAGAAGUCCCAAGUCAAGUCUGGGAAGCAAUGCCUCCCUCCUGACUCCAAGUCACAAAAUAAUCGCAAGAAGAUCGUCCCAGAAGGACCUGUGAGUUUUAAAGACAUGUUCAGCCGGGCAUACAAGUGUUUAAGGAUGGUCAUUAAAGAAAGCCUUCCCUUGAUGAAACUUCGCUGGUUGGUCAUGUGUCUUCAAGCUGUGUGUGGUUCGCUCAAAGAACAAGUCUCGUGUAAACUGGCUGGUAAAGUUCGCUCUAUUAGUACUGAUGACCUGCUACCAUCCCUCAUACUCUUCCUCAUCAAGGGAAACCCAGGGGAGGUAACAGCGUUGUACCCGCAGCUGAAGUUCCUUGAGGACUAUCUUCCCGACAUUGUUGCUGCCGGCAUCAUCGGUUUCACCGUGGCUCAAUUCAGCGCAGCGUUUGCUUUUAUCAUCCAAACAGACGGUGUUGAUACCUAGGCAUAAGGUCUACCUAUUAAAAGGUGUUUGGUUUGUUGGUUUCAUUACAUGUUGCUGACUUGCUUAAAGAAAGCAUGGUUGGAGUGUUCUUCAAGAGACUUGGUAAUGAGGACUUACUUGAUUAAUGCUUUAUUAAAAGGUACUGUCAAGAGUAUAGUUCAGUAUGUGUACACACGUGUACAAACCACAAUAA